AUGCGGACCCCCGAAGCGGGCGGCGUCGCAUCGAGCGCAGGCGACGUGCCAAGGCGCGUGGGGUUGCGGCAUGACCAUGACUGGCCGUUUAGCCAGCGUCCCUUACUUGCACGUUUGCCGGCAUUCCGAUUCAGGGCUUCCCUAGUGCCCCUCCAUCUCAUCUUUGAGAAGUUGUUGAUAUCGCCGAGCGCCCUUUACUUCUACUUCCACAGCCAGGACAUAGAACCAGCAACACAGUCGCUCGUUUCCGUCACAUACACCAUGGGUUCCACACAGAUUGAUUUGGCAGAACUGCCUGCCAUGAAGAGCAACCCAAAGUUCAUCUUCUUCACCGACUUUGACGGCACAAUCACCCUCCAAGACUCCAAUGACUUCAUGACCGACAACAUUGGCUACGGCCGCGACAAGCGCCGCGCCGGAAACAUCGCCUGCCUCAACAACGAAAUCACUUUCCGCGACUCCUUCCAAGAUAUGAUGGACAGUGUCACAAAGCCCUACGACCAAUGCAUCCAAUACCUCGUCGACAAUAUCAAGUUGGACCCCGGAUUCAAGGCCUUCUUCGAGUGGUCGCUGGAGAACAACAUCCCAGUUGUAGUACUGAGUUCGGGAAUGGAGCCCGUAAUCAAGGCCUUGUUGGAGAAGUUGGUCGGCCCAGAUGCAAGCAAGAUGCAGGUCUUGGGCAACCACGUCGGCCCCAGGCAAGGAAAGAACAUCAACGAAGAGGGUGGAUGGACAAUCCUCUUCAAGCACCCCGAGUCUGGUUUCGGUCACGACAAGUCCGUCGAGCUGCGGAAGUACUCCAGUCUGCCCGGGGACCUCCGACCAACAAUGUUCUACGCCGGCGACGGUGUAUCAGAUCUCUCUGCAGCACGCGAAACAGACUUGCUCUUCGCCAAGAAGGGUCACGACCUGAUCAGCUACUGCGCGCGCGAGGACGUGCCAUUCACAGUCUUCGAGGACUGGUCCAAUAUCCUGACCAAGUGCAAGAGUAUUGUAGAGGGCAAGACCACUGUCCAGGCCGCCGCCAAGGAAGGCUACGAGGCGUACAAGAGUGGCGCUGCUGGCAUUGAAGUUCAGACUAAGAAAUAG